GCUUCUCCGUCCAAUUGAUGCCAGUAAGUACUUAGCACUUCGAAAUAUGAGGUGAUGCGUCUUCUGAACUUACAAGGAGGGUGUCUAUCAUGGCAUCAACGACUUCGGCGGCUUACUUUAGUCAACAAAGCGUAUUUUCCUCGAGCAUAUGCACCACGCCAAUACUCAACUUCUCACCUCCCUAGUCAUGGACAUGAUCCAAAUGUCGAAGCAACCAGGAAUAUCGGAAUAAUAGCACAUAUCGAUGCCGGAAAGACAACGACAACAGAGCGAAUGCUCUACUACAGUGGCAUAACUCGAAGAAUAGGAGAUGUCGAUGAUGGGUCUACCGUCACGGAUUUCCUACCUGCCGAGCGAGAGCGAGGAAUUACAAUCCAGUCAGCAGCGGUAACAUUUCACUGGCCACCGCUACACGAAAGCCAGCUGGCCAAACCUGAUUCCCCAAGACAUCUCACACCUCACACAAUCAAUCUGAUAGACACUCCCGGGCAUGCAGACUUUACCUUCGAAGUCCUUCGCUCACUACGUAUUCUCGAUGGCGCAGUCUGCAUUCUCGAUGGUGUUGCUGGUGUCGAAGCCCAGACUGAAAAGGUCUGGACCCAAGCGAACUACUACAAUAUCCCCAGGAUCGUCUUCGUAAACAAACUAGACAGGGAUGGAGCAGCUUUCAACAGGGCUGUCAAGGAAAUUGGAUCGCGACUCCGUGGCUUUCCAGCCGUAUGCCAUAUUCCGUGGUGGGAAGGCGGCAAAGGCAGAUUUACGGGUGUUGGAGAUGCUAUCAAUCUCUGUGCUCUGAAGUGGCAAGAUGGUGGUGAUGGGAAAACCAUCCAAAGCUUCAGUCUCGAUGAGCUCAGCCAAGAAGACUCAAGUCUACGAGAAGAGCUGAUCAAAGCUCGAGCAGCUCUCGUUGAAGGACUUUGUGAAUUCGACGAAACACUUCUGGAGACAUGGCUAGAGUGUGACGACGAUACUUUGGCUGUACCACCCCAAGCUAUUCGAGAUAGCUUGAGAAGAUGCAUCAUCGAUGGCUCUGGACGUCUUAUCCCAGUCUUUGCAGGAGCAAGCUUCAGGAAUAUUGGUGUCCAGCCAUUACUCGACGCCGUCGAUGACCUCCUCCCCAGUCCAACCGAACGACCAAGCUCAGAGGUCAGCGUCGGGGAGAAGCGAGGCAGUCUUUCAGAUCUCCUAGAUGGCAAACUGUCCCUCGCUUCAAGCUGGAGCAAACAUCUUGCCAAGAAAUCCAGCUCCGCCACCUCCAUGAUUGCACAAUUCGAAGCGUGCGCCCUUGCAUUCAAAGUUGUCAAUGAUCCUCGCCGCGGGGUACUCGUCUACAUCCGAGUCUACUCAGGCUCACUAAAGCGAAACGCAGCACUCUGGAACACAAAUCUCCAUGUCACGGAGCGAGCCCAACGGUUGUUACAGAUGCAAGCUUCUGACGCUGUUGAAAUCUCUCACAUCCCUGCAGGACAAAUCGGCGUGAUAGCUGGCCUCAAGCACGCUCGUACAGGCGAUACUUUAAUCUCCUACCCUGGCGUAAAUCCCAAAAGUGGACCCCCAGCACCCCUUAACAUGCUGCAACUGCGUCCCAUCAACGUCCCACCACCUGUAUUCUUCGCAGCAAUCGAGCCACACAGUCUUAGCGAAGAGAAGAACGUAGCCGAGAUCCUCGCGAAUUUGCUCCGAGAAGAUCCCAGCCUUCACGUCAACAUUGACGAAGAAUCCGGCCAGAUGUUACUUAGCGGUAUGGGAGAACUCCACUUAGAGAUCGCGCGGGAUAGAUUGGUCAACGACUUCAAAGCAAAAGCAACAAUGGGCAAUAUCGAAAUCAGCUACCGUGAAUCCGUGAUCUCAGCUACAGCGCCCCAUAGGAUCAUCUUCGACCGCGACAUAGCAGGCAAGAAAGGCAAAGCUGGAUGCGAGGCAUCAGUCUACCAUCUUGACGAUCAAGUCCCAGCACCCGACUACACUGUCACUCGCGAUGGGAACUCCAUCUCAGUGAACAUCCCGACUUCUUGGUUCGGCGAAGAAGACGAAAGCUCUUCCUUACCGAAAGAGCUACCUCUGGCAACAGUGCGAGAAGCUCUCGUGAACGGAGCAGUCGCAGCUCUUGCUCGAGGCCCUCGGCGUUCGUUUCCCAUGCAUGACUGCCAUGUGACUCUGAUAUUCGAUCCAUCAACCGAUCUCUUCGGCUCGGACACGUCCCCAGCAGCGUUAUCCUCAGCUGCACGACUCUCGGUGCAAGCUUCACUCAAGGAAGCGCUGAAUGGAGAUAAUAUUGCACUCAUGGAGCCAGUGAUGAACGUCGUGAUAUCCUGUGAUGAAGGAUCUCUCGGUGCGAUCGUUCACGAUAUCUCCUCUGCGCGUGGAGGACAUGUCCUCUCGCUAGAGUCCAGUGGGAGCGAAGAGUCCGCAUCAGAAUUGCCGGCCAUUGAUCCAAAGAGGAUCUACGCACCUCCAGAUCCAUUUGCUUCGUCAAGUAAUUCUGAUGCGUCUGGGCCUGGUCAGGCUAGACAGAUCCAUGCGAGAGUGCCGUUGAAGGAGAUGGUAGGGUAUUUGAAGCAUCUAAGGAGCUUGACGGGUGGAAGAGGGACGUUCAUCAUGAGUGUCGAUAAAUUUGAAAGGUUGUCGGGGCCCAGAGAGAAAGCGAUGUAAUUCAUGACCCACCGUCUUCUUGACAGGGCAGUUUUACAAGGAAAGAUAUACAGGAACACUUCCCGGUGCAAUAGUAGCUCCUCGGUUUAGUCCAGAGAAAUUCUUGGAAACGAUGCGAUCAUUCAAUGACGUUGAGCUAAAUAUACAAUAGCAGAACAAUCUCAAGUCAUGUUACCAUAAGCCUAUCUCCUUGAGGGGAUCUUUGUAGCGUAAGAAUACAUGAAGCACACAGUUCCGCUGUCCAAGACGGUUUAACGCUGAACUUCCAACCAAACAGUAAUAUCGACGUUACAACUUCUCUGCCCUCAGAAAUCCUUACCCAGUCGUGGCC